AUGCCUCUGAGUGUCCGGGAGUUUGCCACUGUGACAGCACCGCCUCUUGGUGCGAGUGCGUCCAGCACGAAGUUUGUCCCGCAUCAUAUGAAAAUGGAUGAUGACAGCGAUGUGACUUUUUAUGUGUACGAAGGCGCUAUGGAGAAGCCCAAAACUGAUCAGCGCGAGUAUCGUCUUGUUCGCCUCGCCAACGAUCUUGAGGUGCUCGUGAUCAGCGAUCCCACGACCGACAAGGCUAGUGCUGCUAUGGAUGUGCGUGUAGGUCAUCUAAGUGAUCCUUCUGAGCUGCAGGGUAUGGCGCAUUUCUGCGAGCAUCUGCUGUUUAUGGGUACGAAAAAGUACCCUCGUGAGAAUGAGUACAGUGAAUAUUUGUCGAAUCACAGCGGCAGCUCCAAUGCGUUUACCUCGCUGGAAAACACGAACUACUUCUUCGAUGUGGGUCAUGCUCACUUUGAAGGCGCUUUGGACCGUUUUGCGCAGUUUUUCCUGGAGCCCCUCUUCGAUCCGAGCUGUUCGGAGCGUGAGAUUCGCGCUGUCGACUCGGAGCACAAAAAGAAUCUGCAGUCUGAUAUGUGGCGUGCAUUUCAGCUCGAGAAGAGCUUAUGUGAUCCCUCGCAUCCCUACUCCAAGUUCGGUACAGGGAACAUUACGACGUUGUGGGAUGAGCCGCGCGCCCACGGCCUCGAUAUCCGCGACGAAUUGCUCAAGUUCCAUGCUAAGUACUACAGUGCGAAUAUGAUGAAGCUUGUCGUUCUCGGCCGCGAGUCACCUGAGCAGCUUAUGCGCUGGGUGGUGGAAAAGUUCUCGCAGGUGCCCAACAAGGGAUGCGACGCGCCUUCGUUCCCAGGCUCGCCAUUGGGGCCUUCCCAGCUCGGUACUGAGGUGAUCUUCCGCACGAUCAAGGAUGUGCAUUUGCUGGACAUUACGUUCCCGUUCCCUGAGCAGGUGCACUUGUAUCUAUCCAAGCCAGGGCAGUUGCUUUCGCACUUUAUUGGGCACGAGGGUGAUGGCUCGCUGUUUUCUUGCCUGAAGCAGCGUGGCUGGGCGAAUUCGCUCAGUGCUGGCUCAUCCAUCAAUGCUGAGGGCUUUGAGCUGUUCAAGAUCCACAUUGAUCUUACGACCGAGGGCUAUACCCGUUAUGAGGAUGUUGCUGCGGCGGUGUUCCAGUACCUGGACCUGCUCCGUUCGCAGCCUGUUCAGGAGUGGAUGUACGAGGAAGUGCGGCGUCUGAGCGAGUUGCGGUUUGAGUUCAAGGAAAAGAGCUCACCGGCGAUGUAUGGCUCGACGCUGGCGAGUCAGAUGCAGCAUGGCCUCCCGCCUGCAUGGCUCUUGUCCGGCCCCUAUGUUCUUCGCGAAUUUGAUGCACCGCUGAUCCAAGCAACGUUGGAGAGCCUGCGCCCUGAGCACUGCCGCCUUAUGCUGGCAGGACGUGAGCCGCCUGCGGGUGUAGCGUUGGACCAAAAGGAGCAGUGGUACGGUACCGAGUAUACGAUCCGGCCGCUUCCUCCUCGUAUUCUUGAAGCUGAGGCGACGUUGGAUGGCAUGGCCAUGCCUCAUGCCAAUCAGUUUAUUCCGCAGAACCUCGACGUCGCGUCGUCCGACCGACCGGACGACGUGCCAGCGGCCGAUCGACCGCAGCUACUAACGCGUACACCUUUGUCACGGUUGUGGCACAAGCAAGACGACCGCUUCUUCCUGCCCAAGGCAAAUGUCGCGCUGCUGCUUCGUACGCCGAACGUGAACGCGUCGCCACGCACGGCUGUGCUUUCGCGAUUGUAUGUGGAAUUGGUCAAGGAUGCGCUGUGUGAGUUUUCCUACGACGCCGAUGUGGCUGGCCUGCAUUACAACAUCGAUAGCCAGAUGGAUGGCAUCGAUGUCAUUCUUGGUGGCUACAACGACAAGCUUCCACAGCUUUUGCAUGCUGUGCUAGAUACGAUGAAGGGGCUGCGUGUCGAUGAGAAGCGUUUCCUUAUCAUCAAGGAGCAGGUGCGACGCAACUACGAAAACUUUGAUGUGGAGGAGCCGUACCAGCAUGCGGCGUACUACUCGUCGUACCUGCUUACGGAGCACAUGUGGACGCAGCAUGACAAACUGAAAGUGAUUUCUUCGAUCACCGCGAAGGAUGUGCAGACGUACCAGGCGGAGCUGCUGAGCGCGCUGCAUGCCGAGAUGCUGGUGCACGGCAACAUGUCGGCAUCGGUGGCGCACUCGCUGCUGGCUGAUGUGGAAUCGCGUUUGGACUUCAAGGCACUACCAGUGCAUUUGACGGUGCCGCCCCGCUCGCUUAUUCUGCCGCCGGGCCACCGCGUCGCAUGGCAUCUGCCUGUGGCCAAUGCCGGCAACGUGAACUCCUCGUUGGAAUACUACUGCCAAGUGGGCGACCCGACAGAUGUGCGCAAGCGUACGAUGCUGGCUCUACUGGCCCAGAUCGCGCAUGAGCCGUGCUUCGAUCAGUUGCGGACUAAGGAGCAGCUGGGCUACCUGGUCUUUAGUGGUGUGCGUACCUCUGUGGGCCAAAUGGGGUUCCGUGUGAUUGUCCAGUCGGAGCGUUCGUCGACAUACUUGGAGUCACGUAUUGACGCGUUCUUUGAGCAGCUUUUGCAGCAGAUGCGUCGCAUGACCGACGCUGAAUUUGAGGCCCACGUUCGUUCCCUGCUGCACAAGCGCCAAGAGACGGUGAAGAACCUGGCCGAGGAAACGAUGCGGUUCUGGCAGAGUAUUCAUUCUGGGUACUAUGACUUUUUGCAUCGUGAGCGCGAUGUCGCUGUGCUCCCAACGUUAACCAAGGACGAUAUGAUCGCGUUUAUGGAGCAUUAUAUCCACCCCAGCAGCCCCCAUCGUGCGAAAACGGUGACGCAUCUGGACGCACAGACUGAGCCAGGCACGUCUUCGACGCCGCUCAGCCCAGAAGCUUGGCAGGCCUUCUUUGCGUACGUCGAAGACCACGGCAUGGCUGUCCCUGCGGAGGCGCGGGAAGGACUCCAGGCGCAAGUGACGAGCGUCGAAAGCCUGCGUUCGUUUGUGCAGCAGGCGUUUGCGCAGGGCGAGAUGCCGGCGACGCUCCAGGAAGCGGAUUUGAUGCGCGUCGUGGAGCUCGCUGCAGCUGAGCACCCUGUCUCGUCGUCCGACACCACUGCCACCACCACCGCCUUGCCGCCGGCGCCAAACGACGUUCUGAAGGCCGAGGAGGUACGUGAUGUCCAGACAUUCAAGCAGCGCUUGCAGCCCAGUGUGGACGCUGCGCCUGUGCUGCCUUGGUCGGCAUACGAGCAAGAGCCGCACACGCGCGUCGAUGCUUCCCAGUAUGGCGCACCGCUUGAUGCGGCGCCUACACCUAUGCGAGCCAAUAUAUAG